AUGUGCGCGUUGUACUCAAAAACACAACAAAAUAUAAACGAAGAAAAUUCUUCUUCUUUUCUUUUUCUUCUUCUUCUUUUCUUCUUCUACUUCUUUUCUUUUUCUUCUUUUCUUCUUUUCUUCUACUUCUUUUCUUCUUCUUCUUUUCUUCUUCUUCUUUUCUUCUUCUACUUCUUUCCUUUUUCUUCUUCUUUUCUUCUUCUUCUUUUCUUCUUCUUCUUUUCUUUUUUCUUCUUCUUCUACUUCUUCUUUUCUUCUUCAUCUUCUUCUUUGUCGUUAGUUAGCCAUCCUUUCUUUCUUUCUUUUCUUUCUUUCUUUCUUUCUUUCUUUCUUUCUUUCUUAGCUUUGAUUACUUUCUUUUCAUAUAUUUCGAAACAUUACUUUUUCUUUUUCUUUCUUUCUUUCUUUCUUUCUUUCUUUCUUUCUUUUCUUUCUUUCUUUCUUUCUUUCUACUCUCUUUCCUUCCUUCCUUCCUUCCUUCCUUCCUUCCUUCCUUCCUUCCUUAGCUUUGUUUCGUUUUUUUCAUUCUUUAAUAAGAUUGCUUUCUUUUCUUAUACUUCGAAGCAUUACUUUUUCUUUCUUUCUUUCUUUCUUUCUUUCUUUCUUUCUUUCUUUCUUUCUUUCUUUCUACUCUAUUAA